AUGGCUUCCUCACGUCAGGUCUAUCUCCUCCCAUUGAAGGAUGACGGUUCUCCCGAUGUGCCAGGAGGAUACAUCUAUCUUCCUCCUCCACCGGAUGAAGGUUACCUUCUUCGUUUCAUUAUUGAGGGAACCAGCUCCAUCUGUCGACAUGGAAGCCUCUGGGUCAACGUCCCGGAAGCAGGGAAGGAUUUCGAUCGAUAUUCCUUUCGCGAGUUCAGAUUGCAACCCAAUUUCAACCAGAAUCUUCAGAUCGAUGUUCCAGUGACCCGCGCGGGCGCAUUUGCCUACUACACUACCUUCCACCCACUGCCCGACUUCUCGGUCGAAGCCGUGCCAACUCCUGAGCCAACGCAGACCCCAGUGCAUUACAUAGACGUCUCGCCGAGGUUGACUCUCCGUGGCAAGGACCUGCCCCUCAAUGCGCUUUCGAUAUUUUCGGUAAUCUCCAAGUUCAUGGGCCAAUACCCAACCGACUGGGAUAAGCAUCUCCAUGGAAUUAGCCAGCGUAACUACAAUAUGGUCCAUUUUACCCCACUGAUGGCGCGUGGAUCAUCAAACUCCCCAUACAGCGUCUUUGACCAGCUGUCCUUUGACCCGGCAUUAUUUCCCAACGGAGAGACCGAUGUAGCCUCGCUUGUUGCGCGCAUGGAGAAAGAAUACGGAUUGUUGACUUUGACUGAUGUUGUCUGGAACCAUACUGCACACAACAGUAAAUGGCUAGAGGAACACCCCGAGGCAGGUUACAGCGUGGAAUCCGCUCCUUGGCUGGAAUCCGCGCUUGAGCUGGAUACUGCCCUGUUGAAGUUUGGUGAUGACCUCCAGAGCCUUGGGCUUCCUACCGACUUCAAAACAGCCGACGACCUAGUUACUGUCAUGAAUGCCUUGCGCAAGCAUGUUAUCGAUGGGAUUCGCUUGUGGGAGUUCUACGCUAUUGAUGUCAAGGCCAAUGCGAAGGAGAUAUGGGAUGCGUGGGUCAGUGGAAAGAUCGACCAAGCCAGCCUCGAACAAUUGGAUGUGCGGAAAUUCAAGGAGUUGCCACCCAAACAACAAGCUGUGACUAUCCGUGACCUCGGGAUUCCAAACUCGAAGCAAGUGCGUGGAAGAUUCGGUCGCUCAGUUGACCCAUCAUUCGGUGCGGCCGUGGUCACAGUAUUCUACGGUGACUACAAUCAAGCUAGCUCGGAUAUCGGAAAUGUCGAGGCUUCCUUGUCCAAGAUCCUCGACACAGUCAACGUACCGCUUUACGAGGAAUACGAUGCAGACGUUGCCGAUAUCAUGGAUCAAUUAUUCAACCGCAUCAAGUAUCUACGAAUUGACGAUCAUGGUCCGAAAUUAGGACCCGUGACCAACGAUAAUCCUUUAAUCGAGACCUACUUCACCCGUCUUCCAAGCAACGAGGUUACGAAGAAACACAGCCCGAAAUCUCUCGCCUUGGCUAAUAAUGGCUGGAUCUGGAAUGCCGACGCGAUGCGUGACCAUGCUGGACCAGACUCUAAAGCCUACCUUCGGCGCGAAGUCAUUGUCUGGGGAGAUUGCGUCAAACUACGUUACGGAAGCUCACCCGAAGAUAAUCCCUUCCUUUGGGAGUUUAUGACUCGGUACACUCGUCUCAUGGCCAAGUAUUUCUCAGGCUUCCGGAUCGACAACUGUCACUCAACACCUCUUGUGGUCGCUGAAUAUUUGCUAGACGAGGCUCGUAAGGUUAGACCAGAUCUGACUGUCUUCGCCGAACUGUUCACGGGAUCUGAGGAAGCCGACUAUGUUUUCGUCAAGAGGCUUGGAAUCAAUGCACUCAUCCGAGAAGCUAUGCAGGCCUGGAGCACAGCGGAAUUGAGCCGUCUUGUUCAUCGUCAUGGCGGCCGUCCGAUCGGUAGCUUUGAUGUUGAUUUACCAUCUGCUGGCAGCUCUCAUGCAAUUACUUCGGCGAAAGAUGACUCGUCAAAUGAAAAGAUUACCCACAUUCGCCCAUCACCUGUCCAAGCACUGUUCAUGGAUUGCACACACGACAACGAAGUCCCCGCCCAAAAGCGAGAUGUCAGAGAUACCUUGCCCAAUGCUGCUCUGGUCGCAAUGUGUGCGUCAGCCAUUGGAAGUGUCAUGGGCUAUGACGAAAUCUAUCCCAAGCUUGUUGACUUGGUGCAUGAAACACGGCAAUAUGCAUCCUCGUUCUCUGGAUUCCACGAAGUCAAAGCUGGCGCUGGAGAAGGUGGAAUUGGUGGGUUGAAGAAGAUACUGAAUGAUCUUCACACCAUGAUGGGUGUGGAGGGUUAUGAUGAGACCCAUAUUCACCAUGAUGGGGAGUAUAUUACGGUUCACCGAGUGCACCCCAAGACAAGGAAAGGAAUUUUCCUCAUUGCGCACACUGCAUUUCCAGGGAACGACAGCGGCGCCAGACUGCCUCCAACCCAUAUUGCGGGUACUCAGGCUAAGCAUCUUGGAUCGUGGGUUCUGGAAGCGGAUGCAUCUGAUGACGCCAAGGCCAAGGUACUUGCCGAUGACACACAACUCAAGGGUCUUCCAAGCCAGACACGCGACAUCGAAGGCACUGAAGUUGAAGGCAAUGGGGCCGAUAUAACGGUAGUCGUGCUGGAGGCUUUGGUUCCUGGAUCCAUUGCUCUUUUUGAGACUUGGAUUUCCAGUGCUGAGCAUGCGGAGGGUCUUGAUAACUUUGUCUCCAGCGGUGCUGACGAAGCCUUCUCCGGUCUCAGUCUGGUUGACUUAAACUUUGCCCUCUACCGCUGCGAAGCUGAAGAAAGGGACUCUAGCGGUGGCCAGGACGGUGUCUACAGUAUCCCUAAACACGGUAAAUUGAUUUACGCCGGUCUUCAGGGAUGGUGGAGUGUCCUUGAAGGAAUCAUCAAAUACAAUCAGCUUGGCCAUCCACUCUGUGAUCAUCUCCGGGAAGGACAGUGGGCUCUCGACUACAUUGUUGGGCGAAUGGAGAAGGCCGCUUCCAGAAGAGGUUACACCAAACUUCACAAACCAACUGCCUGGCUGAUGGAGAAGUUCAAUGCUGUUCGCGGGCUCCCAAGCUUCUUGCUCCCUCGGUACUUUGCUAUCAUUGUGCAAGUGGCCUAUAAUUCAGCCUGGAAAGCUGGUAUCCAUCAUUUCAGUGAUAGUGUUCGACAUGGCCAGGAGUUUAUCCACCAACUUGCUAUGGUCAGCGUUCAGCAAACUGGGUAUGUCCACUCGGCCUCUCUCUGGCCCACUAAGCAGGUUCCGUGUCUCGCGGCUGGCCUUCCUCACUUUGCUGUCGAUUGGGCCCGAUGCUGGGGCCGUGACGUUUUCAUUUCUAUCCGCGGUCUGUUCCUUUGCACGGGACGUUUUGAGGAUGCGAAAGAGCAUAUUCUUGCUUUUGCGAGCGUUCUGAAACACGGCAUGAUUCCAAAUCUCCUCAGCAGUGGCAAGUUGCCGCGUUACAACUCGCGUGACUCAGUUUGGUUCUUCCUGCAGUCCAUCCAGGAUUACGCCAAAAUGGUCCCCGAUGGCAUCAAUAUUCUACAGGAGAAGGUGCCACGCAGGUUCCUACCAUAUGAUGACACAUGGUUCCCUUUUGAUGACCCGCGCGCUUAUUCACAGUCUCCCAGUGUUCUUGAGAUCAUCCAGGAAGUAUUUCAACGACACGCCAGCGGGUUGUCAUUCCGUGAAUACAAUGCUGGGCCCGAUCUGGAUGUGCAAAUGAAACCCGAGGGCUUUCAAAUUGAUGUUCAAGUUGAUUGGAACACCGGUAUCAUUUUCGGCGGUAGCCAGAGCAACUGCGGUACCUGGCAAGACAAGAUGGGCGAAAGUGAGAAGGCGGGAAACAAGGGCUUUCCUGGCACGCCGCGCGAUGGUGCUGCGAUCGAAAUCACAGGACUGGCCUACAGCGCUCUAUCAUGGGUUGCGAAAUUGCACGAAUCGAAGGUCUACCCACAUUCUGGGGUCGACCUUGACGAGGGUAAAUCGAUAACCUUUUCGGAAUGGGCAAGCAAAAUUAAGGCAAACUUCGAACGUUGCUACUUUAUUCCCCUCGACCCGGCAGACGACGGCCAGUAUGACGUUGAUCCCAAGAUUAUCAAUCGACGAGGAAUCUACAAGGAUCUCUACAAGUCUGGCAAGCCCUUUGAGGAUUACCAGCUUCGAGCCAACUUUCCUAUCGCAAUGUCCGUCGCGCCUGACCUGUUCACACCCGCCAAUGCUCUGACUGCUCUAUCCGUUGCUGAUUCUGCCAUUGUGGGCCCGGUUGGAAUGGCCACUCUUGACCCUUCAGACCUCAACUACCGCCCUUACUAUAUUAAUGGGGAUGACUCUACCGAUUUUGCUACCUCUAAAGGCCGAAACUACCACCAGGGUCCCGAGUGGGUUUGGCAGCGCGGCUAUUACCUCCGUGCGCUCCUUCACUUUGAUUUACUGCGUCGCAAAACUCCAGAGGAGCGAAUUGAAUCCUUCCAGCAGGUAACCCGGCGACUUGAUGGGUGUAAGAAGGCGCUACGCGACAGUCCGUGGAAGGGACUGACGGAAUUGACCAACAAGAAUGGGGAACAUUGUGGUGACUCGUCCCCCACGCAGGCGUGGUCUGCUGGAUGCCUGCUUGACGUUUUUUACGAUGCUGCCAAGCUUUCCUAA